AUGAACCAAGUUGAAUCGAUAAGACUUAACUAUCACAGCUACAUAAAGGUAACGAAGAUGGCCGUAAAUGUAUAUUCGACAAACGUGACGUCUGAGAAUUUAUCAAGACAUGAUAUGUUGGCGUGGGUGAACGACUGCCUCCAGUCGAAUUUCGUCAAGAUCGAAGAGUUAUGCACAGGCGCCGCAUAUUGUCAGUUCAUGGACAUGCUUUUUCCUGGCAGUGUACCUAUGAAGAGAAUCAAGUUCAAAACAAAUCUAGAACAUGAGUACAUACAGAAUUUCAAAAUAUUACAAGCUGCCUUCAAAAAAAUGGGAGUAGACAAGAUAGUACCCAUUGACAGACUGGUGAAGGGUCGUUUUCAAGAUAACUUUGAGUUUUUGCAAUGGUUCAAGAAAUUUUUUGAUGCCAACUAUGGAGGCUCGGAAUAUGACGCGGUGGCGCAGCGCGAGGGCCUGCCUAUGGGGCAUGGGGGCUCCAGUGCCCCAAGGGCUAUGCAAGCUGCUGCCAAGAAACCAACGGCACCUGUUGCCAAAGUUGCGGCUAGACCCCAAACCAUUUUAAAGGCUAAUAGCACAGUAAGAUCUCCACCAGUUAAUUUAUCAAGAAUAAAUCAAAGUGCUAAGGGAGAUUCAAAAGUCCUCGAUGAGCUUACCCUUCAGGUAAAUGAAUUAAAAGCGACAGUAGAUGGAUUGGAAAAAGAAAGAGAUUUUUAUUUUGGCAAGCUCCGGGAUAUAGAGGUGAUCUGUCAAGAGAUGGAAGAACAGCCAAAUGCUCCAAUUGUUCCGAAGAUUUUGGACAUUUUAUAUGCAACUGAGGAUGGAUUCGCGCCUCCAGAAGAAAUAGAUGGUGAGAAUCCACACCCACCGGAAGAAGACGAGUAUUGA